AUGGCUGUCGCAAACUCGUACUUCGUCCCCGGCUAUGGCAUCUCAAGAGCUGUAAUCCAGAACGAGAUUCGCUACCAUUGCGGUCCUGACGCGAUCGUUCGACCAUACACCUUUCAGGGACGCGAUGGCUUCUUGAUCACAACUGUUGGUCCUCCAUUGACCAAGGCGCAAAUCGAUGAUUUGAAGAUGUCCUCGCGCGAAUACGAAGAGAAGCAAUCGCGCAUCGCCAACGAGUCCAGUGUCUUCGUGAACGCACCGAUUUCGAUUAAUCAACGUAUACGGCGGGGUCAAUGA